UUUCUAUUGGUGGUGGCCUCCCAUGGAGUCAAUCCCGACCCCACACCGAGUACACGUCACGAGACCCUCCGCGACACGCCCACCGCGUCCCCAUCCACCUGCCCCUCCUCCCUUUUCCUCCCGAGUCUCUCAACGCAGGCACGCAGCAGUGGCAGCACCUCUGCCGACGUUUCCGUCCGAUUGAAUUUCUCCAUUCCCUUCCUCCUGCCCAAAUCCGAACCCGACCCGAGACGAGAGACCCUCCAGCCAGAUCGAGGCGGGCGCGGGGCAGGGUGCCCAGCAAGGAUCUCGCCGGGGCCCAGCCAUGGCCGAGGUCGCCGACGCGCGCCCAGCCCCCCACCCCCUGCGACCACCGGCGGCGGAGACCGCAAGCGGGGCUGCGCCUCGCCCGUGCUCCCGCCGCCACCGCCCGGCUCGCACAAGCGGCGUAGAGAGGACGGCGGUGGCGGCUUCGACCGGCGCCGGCCGGUUCGGCGCCCAGUCGGCGGUGGAGGACACGAGCAGGACGACAGGAGGUAUGGAAAUGGUCUUGGUGUCGUAGGAGGAAGAGGUGGCGAUGGUCGAUACAUGAAUCAUGCACCAGAUUGGUCGGAUUCUGGACGUGGUGGAUGGAAGGAGGGACCUGGGAACAGUCUUAGGUAUGGAAAUGGUCUUGGGGGCGUAGGAGGAAGAGGCGGUGAUGGCCGAUAUACAAGUCGUGCACCAGAUUGGUCGGAUUCUGGACGCGGUGGAUGGAAUGAGGGACCUGGGAACAGUCGCAGGGAAGGACUGAUGUCAUACAAGCAGUUCAUUCAGGAACUUGAAGAUGACGUUUCGCCAGUUGAAGCUCAAAGCAGAUAUGAGGAGUACAAGUCAGAGUACAUCACAACUCAAAAGAAAGCAUACUUUGACCUCCAUAAGGAUGAAGAUUGGUUAAGAAAUAAGUACCAUCCUACAAACCUUGAAAAUGUCAUUGAAAGAAGGAAUGAACUGGCAAGAACUACUGCAAAUGAUUUCUUCCUACAAUUGCAAAGUGGAAGUCUAGACACAGGUCCAGGUUUGAUGGGUUCGGCAGUGAACAAAUCAGGAAAUAAUAGCAGUAAAAAUCUAGAUGCUGUGGAAGGGGAUGGUAAAAAGGGGAAACUUGGAAAGGGUCCUGAUGAUUCAUAUUAUGCUGCUCCCAAGGCUCACCCAGUUAGUUCUGAGGUUCGUCGAAUUCGGAUUGACAUUGAGCAAGCUCAAGCUCUCAUUUGUAAACUUGAUUCUGAGAAGGGUAUUGAAAACAGCGUUCUCUCAAGUAGUGACCAUGAAAAAUCAGACAGGGAUAAGUCACAUGGUUCAAUGGGGCCAAUUGUUAUAAUACGAGGAUCAUCUACUGUGAAGGGUCUUGAGGGUGCUGAGUUGCUGGACACUCUUGUUACUUAUUUAUGGCGUAUCCAUGGUGUGGACUAUUAUGGUAUGUCUGAGACAAAUGAACCUAAAGGCCUAAGGCAUGUGAAAGCUGAUGCGAGGACAUAUAAUGGGGCUAGCUCAAAUGGCGCCGAAUGGGAGAAUAAACUUGAUUCAUUCUGGCAAGACAGAAUUCAAGGUCAGGAUCCAUUAGAAAUGUUGAAAGCAAAAGAGAAGAUUGAUGGAGCUGCUACUGAAGUCUUGGAUCCAUAUGUGAGGAAAAUAAGGGAUGAGAAGUAUGGUUGGAAAUAUGGAUGUGGAGCCAAGGGCUGCACAAAACUUUUCCAUGCCGCUGAGUUUGUCCAGAAGCAUCUUAAACUGAAGCAUGCAGAUUUGGUGGUUGAUCUAACUUCAAAAGCGAGAGAGGAUAUUUACUUUGAGAACUAUAUGAAUGACCCAAAGGCGCCUGGUGGUACGCCUAUCAUGCAGCAACCUGCUCCAAGGGGAAAAGGCAGACAAAGGCCACCAAUAGAGAGUCGGCUGAGGGAUGAGCGUGGUAAUCAUAGGUUCGACAGGAAUGUUGAUUCACCAACACAUGAUGGGUCUAGUGAAAAUCCUGACGAUCCUAUUUAUGAUUCGUUUGGUGAUCCAAUUAUGCAUGGUGCGUUCCCUCCAGAUAUUCCUGCUCCCCCGGUUCUAAUGCCUGUGCCUGGUGCUGGUCCGCUCGGACCGUUUAUUCCUGCACCACCGGAAGUUGCUAUGCAUAUGUUGAGGGAUCAGGGUGCGCCACCUCCUUUUGAGCCAACUGGAGGUCCACAUCCUAGGAAAGCAGGGAGAGGUGUUGGUCCCCAAAUCCGUGGUCCAUCCCCAAUCUUUACUGCUCCUCCGCCUCAUCAGAUGCAUGACCCUCGUAGAAUACGAAGCUACCAAGACCUCGAUGCUCCAGAGGACGAAGUGACUGUCAUGGACUACCGAAGCUUGUAGACUUCCUCCACUUCAUGUGCCUCCAGAUACUUGUAGGUAACAUAAUAGUGGGAAAACAAAACACCUUACUGUCCCUAGAAUCACUGCGGAGGAACCCCAGCAGGCAUUUGUGUGUCGACUCCAGAGCUGUCAGCUUCUCAGUGUUUGUAAAAUGUAACACAGGAACUCAGGAAGUACAUUACAACCCCUCACCAUUAAACAAGGUGUUGCCUCAGUUUGUGCAAUGUGAAAGAUUUUUCAACUAUGUUCCUUCUCCUUGGAGACAUGUCCUAGAUGGCUGGAUGCAAGUAAUCUUUCCUUGCUAUCUUGGAGUAAAUUUUUUUUGGUCA